AAGCGCACUUUUGGCGUUACUCAACACGGCCACUUUGUUGAUACGUGAUUACGUGAAUUAUUUUGCAAAUUAAACGAUACAAGUUAGCCACCCACAAGUUCAACAUGUUCUCGCCCUCACGUGCCCUACGCCCGGCCCUGAGCCGCUGCUACAGCCAGAUCAAGGGCGGACCAGUUUCCGGCGGUGGCCGACCCAGCGCCCCAGGAUCUCCAGCUGGAGCCCCAUCCUCGCCAGCCGUUGUGGGACUGACCAACAACUGCGUGAAGCCCACCACUGGACCCGUGGGACCAGGUGCCUCCGCCACCGGUGGCUACAAGGUGCCCGAAUACUACAGCUUCAAUCGCUUCAGCUACGCCGAGGCGGAGGUGGAGAUGGCCAAGUACCGCUGCCCACAGCCCUCGGCCCUCAAAUAGAUCGAUGCGAGUGUAACCGAAUUGUUUAUGUUAAAUAAAAAUGCCCAUUAAAAAGAAA